GCCAUCUCGGAUGGACCAAAGAAACUGGUCGUCUUCGACCGGAAUCAACACAAAACACAAGUUGUGUUUGCUUCGGACGCUUCACAAGUUGCGCGCUCGCCGUAAACUGUGUUCCUAAGCCAAUUAAACAGCAACAAGCUUUUAAAAACGCUUCCAAUAACUUAAAAGUGUCCCGAAAAAUAAUGUAGAGUGUAGAUGUGUUAAAAAAGCCCCGAAACUCCCCAUUUCGGCGAAAUACCACCGCAUUUCAGUUCCAAAGAGACGGACAAGAUGACUGAUUGAGAACGCUACAAAUUUCCCUUGGAUAAGGGAUGCAGCAGCAUGGACGGGUUUCGGGUGAUUUGCAUUCUUGUCGCUGUUUUGGCAACCACGGGACGGGCAACAGCGGCCGAUCACGUGCGCAUGGUGACCAAAGCUGAUUUAAUAACAGUCCCGCUUAACUUCGAUACCAGCAUUGUAUGCACGAUGAAUAUAGUUCCGGAUAAUUUUCAAUGGAAGUUUUAUCCUUUGAGUCGGAGACAGGCCUCGAAUCCCAAAGCUCACAUUAGCUUAACUCACUCGCAUUUCGAAAUUAUCGAUGAGCGCAAAUACGAAAUCACCCAGAAAAAGACAUCGACGCUUAAUCUUCAAGCCAAAUCCGACGAUAUCGCGGGGGAUUACCAAUGCUUGGCUUAUUAUGGCGCUUCGGUCGUCGCCUCAAUCCCCUGGCGGCUGACUAUAGCCAAUAUCAGCGAAUUUCCACCGCAGGAAAAAAUCGACGUUACUGUAAUUCCCGGAAAUACGGUUAACUGGAGGUGCGAGCCACCGGAAGCUAACCCCGAACCUUACAUAGACUACCACAAAAACGGGGUUUACGUACCGCCGUUCGUCCAAGUCGUUACUAAAUCGCUGAUAAUUCCAAACGUUACUAGUGGUAAUUCGGGUAGUUACACCUGUAAGGCCGGUAAUGUUUGCACGGAGAAGUUCUCCCCGGUUUUGUUCAAUUUGAAAGUUGAUAAACGGGCACCGAGGGAACCACCCAAGUUUAUAGUCCGUCCCAGGAGUGUCUACAAUGUGACUAAAGGAGACAAGGUCCUGUUGGAAUGCUCGGCUGUUGGGAACCCGCUCCCGAAAGUCGUUUGGCGCAAAAUAACCGGGAUUAUCCCGGAAGGUCGCAGCGAAUUGACGCCAGGAGGUCUAAUCAUCAAAAACAUCUCGGCCAGUGAUAACGGAAUUUACGAGUGCACCCAUGACAAUUCCCUUGGGAAAGUCGUACAUUCGAUCACUCUGAACUACAACGAGGCUCCGACCAUUAAUUGCCCGCAAGACUCGAUCGACGUCAAUCAGGGCGAAGACCUGGAGCUUGAAUGCACAGUUACCGGGAACCCCGACCCGGAAAUAACGUGGUUCCUGAACGGCUUCGUCACAAAAGACAAUAAAAUCAUCACAGAAGGAAACAAGAUAUUUUUCAAACCGACUGAAAAAAGACACGCGGGGAAUUUGCAAGUCUUUGCCCGGAACAUUGCCGGAACCGUCUACAGCAGUAUUUCCAUCAAAGUCAUCCCCUUGUCAACAACACAAGACAACGUGAGCGAAAACCCGCUUCCACCAACUCGCUUACAUCGCCCCAAUUCGCGCAAAUUCAACAAACAUGCAAAAAUGUAUCCACCGUCCAAACCCAACAUCACUGGGAUCAGUGACGAGGCGGUGGUUUUGCGCUGGACGGUGCAAAAUAAGGGACUCCCGAUCCAGUUUUUCAAAGUCCAGUAUAAGGACUUCGGGCCUGCGAACCAGCACGACCACCACAACAAGGGCAAGGGCUCGAAAUGGAACACCGAUAACCCCAUCAUUGAGCCGCACAUCCGAAGUUACCAAGUGAAUAACUUGAAGCCGGACCACGUGUACCGAUUCCGAAUCGCCGCCGUUUAUAGCAACAGUGACAACAAGAAUAGUCCGAAUUCCGACAAGUUUCAUUUGAGGAAAUUAGACUUUGACAAGCGGAAUCCACUGCCGGUUCCUCUGAUCACCAAGACUGAAAGUAUCAAUACGACAGCGGUUAAAAUCUACUGGAAGUGUGAGCCGUCGAUUAAUAUCACAAUUGAUGGCUUUUUUGUCAAUUAUAACUCCGCUAGUAGUGCAGGUGAUUACACGAAGGCGACUGUCGAUGGCCCCCAAACGAAUUCCUUCGUUCUGUCACAUCUACAACCUGAUACCGUUUACGAUAUUAAGUUGCAGAGUUUCAACUCGAAAUCGGCGAGCGAUUUUAGCUCCAUAAUGAAAGCCAAGACUCUUGGUUUAGCCUCGACGACGCUCUCGCCUCGAGAACCUCCCCCGUCGUCGGCAAACACCGAAACUGCGGGAAUUAGCAAAUUGUACGUAUUUAUAGCAGCGGGAGUGUUGGGCGCUUGCGGCGUGUUGUUCGCCGCAAUCGGAUUGUUAUUAUUCUGCCGGAAGCAAUCCAAGCAGAAAAAAACUGGCACAAGAGGCGAUCAUGAUAAAGCCUGUGAUGACCACCACCACAUCCAAGCCGACGCUACUGAGUACGUGGUGAGUCCGAAAAGCGGUCCCCGGACCAACGGCUGUGUGGCCCCCAACCGGAUCACAAUCACCGCAAACCCACUAGCGGACGCCGACAACAAGGUGAGGUCGCCCCGAAGUGAUUACGAAUCGCCUGUUUUCCCGAAUCUUAAUCAGAAUAUGAUUGAAAUGUCCUGUUUGUCGUCGCAAAACAACAACUGCUCGACUGGCCAACCGUCGGUCAGUGGAGAGGACUCACCGACGAACUCCAGAGAUAAAAAAAAUAAAAAUAGGGAAAAACGUAUUAGAAAUAAGCACAACGUUGAGUCUAACACGGCCGGCGAAAACUAUGUGUAGUGAAAUUUCGUGACUUUUUAAUGCCUUAAAUAAGACUGAUACGAAGUGCCUUCGCAAAAAAUAGGUAAUUAGUUUUUGAUAACUUGCCUCACUGUAUAUAGAAAUUUUUGUACAUAUUUUUAUUCGACGAAAGAAGAAUGUCAUUCGAGUGAUCUGUUUUAAUUAUUUAACUUAUUUUUUGUACUUAUUAAUUGCUAAGUAGCCGAUUAAAUGAUUAUUUAUUAAUUUCCAGUAUUAAUAACAAACUUUGGCAGCUAACGCGUAUUCGUAGAGAUACUAAAAUUGGCACACAUUAAGCAUCCGAUAACAUUAAAAGACAAGAAUAACAUUCAUUAACUAAUUAGGCGUGUGAUGUGUGCCAUGAAAACAAUCCGUUAACGACACCCCGGGUCACGAUAAAAGACCAGUUCAUAUGAUUUAUAAUAAGAGCUACCAAAUCAAAUACGAACUUUGUAAAUAUUUAGAUAGAAGCAUCCUUUGAUUGCCCUACAGCUUGCCAAGUCACACUUAUCUUGUAAUAGUACAAAUGCAGAUUUCUCUUCGCUAUUUUUUACCUUCAGCUUUUAUAAAAAUAGGUUGUAUUUCAACGAAUAAAUAAUCAUCAUUGA